AAGGCACUUAUUAGUUAUUUGAGUUCCGUUACCCUCGAAGAAAGCGAUGAAAGAGAAUCUCUUUCCUUUCCACCCCCGACAAGUUACCUGGCACCACGUUGGUUUCCGUUAUUCUCCGAACCUCGGGCUAGGAUCCGAACCCACUUUCAUCUGCCGAUAUUUCGUCCAACUCUCCCGCUUUUGGCUCCUCUACAUUCGAAGAGAAGACCACAAAAAGCUCACUCCGAUAAACUGAGGGAUUCCGAUUACCGGCGGGGAGAAAGUUAUUACGGAUGGAUAACCCGGGAGAGAAAGAAUCGGCCGGUGGGUCGGUGACGGAGAAGAUCACCGAGAAGUUCCACGACCACGAUUCGUCGUCGUCGUCUUCUGAUUCGGAGAAUGAGAAAUCUUCUCCGUCGCCGUCUGCCGUCAAGCCCAAGAUCUACCGGAUCCUCGGCAGAGAAAGGCCCGUGCACAAGGUUUUAGGCGGAGGAAAACCUGCUGAUAUUUUCCUUUGGAGGAACAAGAAAAUUUCUGGUGGUGUGCUUGGUGUUGUCACUACAAUUUGGGUGCUCUUUGAGUUGCUUGAAUACCACCUGCUCUCUCUUGUAUGCCAUAUCCUAAUUUUUUCUCUGGCAACCCUUUUCUUGUGGUCUAAUGCGUCCACCUUUAUCAACAAGUCUCCGCCUCAAAUUCCAGAAGUUAGCAUUCCGGACGAGAUUAUUCUGGGAGUAGCUUCUGCUCUGAGAGUCGAAAUCAACGGAGCUCUUGCCAUCCUCCGGGAUAUUGCUUCUGGGAAAGAUUUGAAGAAAUUUCUGGCUGCGAUUGCUGGUCUAUGGUUCGUUUCAGUUUUGGGUGGUUGUUCCAACUUCCUGACCCUGUUCUACAUAUGUUUUGUUUUGCUGCACACCGUGCCUGUUCUUUAUGAGAAAUAUGAGGACCAUGUUGACCCAUUCGCCGAGAAAGCACAUGCUGAGAUCAAGAAACAGUAUGCAGUGUUUGAUGCCAAAGUUUUGAGUAAGAUUCCCAGAGGACCGUUGAAAGACAAGAAGUUUGCUUAGGGAAACAGAUGGAACUCUACUAGACUGGCCAUUGACAUGCCGCUAGCUAUGCUUUACGACAGCUUUUGUCACUUCUUAUCCGUUGUGACCACCGAUUAUAUUUAUAACUACUUUUGGUUCAAAGUUGAAUGUUGUAUUGACAAGACCAUGACAGAGUUUUUGGCUUUUGAUUCACCUUAGUUUGAUUUCACAUUAGGUGAAUGAUUCCGUAUUGCAGAAACGGAUUGAGAACGUACGGAUGCCAAGGAGGGAACACCACCACCUGUGGGUUAAAUUCAAUGGGUAAAGUACUUUCUUGCUCAA